AUGAAGAUAACACUUUCAGAUAGUUGUCCAAUUACUCAGACAUUGGAAGCUUUAAAGCUUUCACAAGAGCAAAAUUGGAAAGUUUCGUUACAACGUGUUGUACAGCGAUUACCGUUGCGCUUAACUACUGGUGGAGUUGUUUAUAUUGUAGUAUUGCCGAAAAUCUGCCGGUUCUGGACACUACUAAAUACUACAUUAAAGUGGUUUAUUCAUAGUUUCUUCAUACCUGCGGUUAGCAGAAUUACUAACUCAACAAGAGGUCCCUCAUUUGAAUAA